ACGAUGCGUCAAAGCGGCUGCCGCUGCCGAGCGACGUCCAGCGGGUUGGUCGAUGCGACAGCGAGUGGCGAGUAUGCUGGAUCAAACGAACUUUGCGACGCUUCGCACCGAGACGCUGGUGCUCCAGCAGCGAUUUGCUUGCGAGUCGGAACUGCGCAUUGCGCUCCAGCGGGAGACGAACGUACCCAACCAAGCGAUGCUGCGCCAGCGCAUCGCCUCCGAUGAAGCGGUCUACAAGAGAGCUGUGCGCAUGGUGUCUCAAACGCCACUGCUCGUGUACUUCUUGUACACUCUCGAACAUCCGGAUGUCGCGGUCCGCGAGAUGCGCAUCAUCGACCUCGAGCGUCAACUCGCCGAGAGAUGCAAAGCGAUUACGGCCAAGGCGCGCGCAGAGUGCGAGUGGGCGUUCGUGGCCCUCAGCGAAGUCGACGACGAUGCCACGCGAGCCGCGUACGCUGCGGCCCUUGCGACGUUGGGCAACACGGCCACCGGUCUCGAGCAUCUUUGGCGCGAGCUCUCGCACAUGUACACGGCCGACCCCGACGUUUACGCGCAUCUGCCACCGCUGGCGGUCCAGCACCUCCUCGACGGCUUUCCGCUCGAGCUCAUGGACGGCGACGCCGGCAUGGCCAACGACAAGUGGAUCCGCGCCAUCCUUCGCUGUCUCGAUGAGGCGUUGCCCGCCGACACGCGCGUCUUCGUGCUCUCGGUCAUGGGCGUCCAGUCGUCGGGCAAGUCGACGUUGCUCAAUAGCAUGUUUGGCGUCCGACUCCGGACGAGCGUCGCGCGCUGCACACGCGGUGUCAACUUGCAGCUCCUCGCGUGCGACCAUGGCGGUGCGUACGACUACAUUUUGCUCCUGGACACGGAAGGCAUCCAGUCGCCCGAGUUCGUCGGCGUCAAAGGCAACGUGUGGCGCGACAACCGCAUGGCGUCCGUGGCGAUCUUGCCCGCGGAUGCGACCAUCAUCUUGACACAGGGCGAGUCGACCAACACGAUCAACGACGUGCUGCCGAUUGUGCUCUCGGCCUUUGCCAACUCGGAGCUCGCGGCCGCGUCGGGUGGCCACCUCCGGACAAAGCUCUACUUUGCGUUCAGUCAGAUCGAUGUGACGCAGAAAAACCGCAUGGCCAAGAUGCUGCGCGUACUCGUCAACUGUCUGCGCAGAAGCGCCGAGCAGAUUGCGACCGUGCGGCAGGCGACGGCCACGACGUUUCUGCACGACUUUUCCGCCGACAUUUCGGACGAAGCGACCAGUGCCAUUCGCUUCUUCGGUCUCUCGCAAGGCCAGACGACGCCGCCCCACGAUGGGCCGCUGCCCGAUUUUGGCGACCGUCUCGUCCGCUUCCGAGACUACAUGCACGCGCGGGCUGUCGAGGACGAAGCGUGGCGAGCGCGGACCUUUGGCGAGCUCAGCAAGAGCUUGGAUUUGGUCUGGCUGUGUCUUCAGAGCGCCGACUUUGAGCUGGGCUUUGCGUCCGCCCACGAACGCGUCAUGUACGACCGGCUGGUGCAAGCCAUGGCAGGGUACACGCAAGCGCUCGCCACGAUCUACAGCGAGGCCUUUGACGCGGUGCUGCAGACGAUGAGUGCGGACCGCGCCGCUAGCAAGGCGCCGGAUGGCAACCGCAGCCACAAGUACGAGCUUCUCCUCGCGCGUCACGUGGAGAGCGCGGUCGGUGCGCUGGACGCUGUCGUGGCGACGGCGCUGGGCCAAAACGAGUUUGCCAAAUGGGCCAUCGCGAUGGAAAUUACGUGGGCGGACAAGAAGCGGCGGCAAGCGUCGCACUCGGAGCGCCUCGUGCACACGAAAGUCCAGCACCUUUUCGACUGUGACGCGAUCAUGAAGGCGUACAAGGAAGAGCUGCAAGCGGCCAUUGUCGACCACAACGCCAAGUGGGGCCCAGAGACGACGAUGGCAGCCUUUGACUCGAUCUUUGACGCGAUUUUGGUCAAGGCCCGCAAGGCCAAUCCGCCGCUCGCCACGCUCGUGCCCAAGCUCGUACAUGGCGUCAUCCACGACAGCAAUAUCUUUACCCCCGACGAGCUUCGGCUCUUGACAAGCAGCGACGACGAUGAUCCGUCCAUGCUUCAAAGCGCGCUGCAAGCGGCGAGAAACUCGGUGCGUGGCGCCGACGUCUCGCGCGAUGCAGAAGUCGCCAACGCGGUGCGCGAUCGCGUGUGCAGCGACCUCGCCGACGUCGACCGCUACGCAGAGAAUGUCGCGCUCGCGUGCGUGAUGCACGUCAAGCGCCUCUUGGGCGAGAUGCAGUUGAAGCCGUCGGAGCGCAAGGUCGGUCUCCGUGCGCUCGACGCGACGCUCAAGUCGGAGCUCCAGCAGCGCCAAGCGCGCUGGGACGCGGUCAACAGUGUCGUCGCCAAUGGCUCGAUCUCCACUUGA